UGGAUAUACGUCGGUGUACGUCAAAUUGGGCGGCAUGCUCGAUCCACCCGACGGGGCUGGUCGAACACUUCGCGAUAUUUCGAUUGCCUUUCUUGUACUGACAUGGCUUAUUGUUAUCCUUCGUAUGUCGGUGCGUAUCUCGAGGAAAUGUGUUGGUGCAGAUGAUUGGUGUAUGGUCGGGGGGUUGGUUCUUUUCUCAGUUGUCUGUACGACGACCAUCAUGUCGGCAUACAAUGGUAUAGGGGCAUAUGAUAACCAAACAUCGGCAGAAACGAAACAGGAGGGGCGGAAGUGGUUUUUCCUCUUCCAAGUCUUCUACUGUGCCACCACCGUUCCGAUCAAAUCCUCCAUCUGCAUCAUGUUGAUACGACUCACUCCUUUCGCCAUCUACCGUUAUAUUCUAUACGGCGUCAUCAUCUUUAGCACCCUCUCUGCAUUUGCCACCAUUGUUGGGAUCCUGGCCCUGUGCACUCCAGUAGCCAGAACAUGGAACGUUAACCUGCCGGGUCACUGCGGUCCACCAGAAGUUCUUACGAGAUUAGGAUAUUUCAUCUCCGCCUCAUGCAUUGUGUCCGACUGGUCGUGUGCCAUCAUGCCCAUAUUCAUCCUCUGGAACAGUCAAAUGAGAUGGUUGAUGAAGAUUUCGGUUGGAGUUGUCCUGGCGCUGGGUGUCUUGUACGUUCAUCUAUGCAUCUUUGAAUACCCUGAGCCCGUUUGUACUGAUACCUUCUCGGUUUCCGACAGAGCAAGUACUGGAAAUCUCGUACGCUUCCAGUAUGUCAUCGCAUACGAAAAUACGACCAACUAUUAUUACGGGAUUGCAUUUAUCGCAAUCUGGUCGAUCGUCGAAUCGGGAACCGGCAUCAUUGCUGGAUCAGCACCUGCAUUGGCGCCCUUGAUCAAGCAUAUACCGAUUAUCGGUCGAGGAUUCAUCAUAACUCCCGAGGGUGGCCAGCAGGCUACUAAGAGGCGGUGGCGACUGCAACACAUUACCAACACUUUUCCUUCGAGAUCUAAAACAGAAGAUCAAUCUAGGCCACAAGCGACUGAGAGCCAAAGCGGCCAAACCAUGAUGACAUCGGGAAAUAGUAAUAGGGCGGCCGGG